GCGCAAGGCGGUUUGAUGGCGGCUCCGCCCUGCUCCGCCCGCUCGCCAGUGAUGGUCUGGUCCUCGCCAUGAAGAGUCCUCGCUCCGGGUCCUCGUCGGGCCACAGUCCGCAGCACCUCCAGGACCAGCAUGAGGAGUACCGCGACGGCUCCUCGUGCUCGCCGCGGCCGCUGUCGCUGUGCCUCAACUCGGCGUGCCCCCAGCAGGGCGGCGGCCAGGGCGGGCACCAGGGCGGCUCCAUGACGGCGUCCUCGGGCCCGCCCCCGCCCGCCGCCAUGACCCCCGGCAGCCUGGUCAGCACGCACAUGGGCGCCGGCCACCUCGUCAUGGGGCCGGGCGCCUUCCACUUCGGGCCGCUGACGCCGCCGCCCAGCGCCGCCCCCGCCGCCCCGCAGCAGCAGCAGCAGCAGCCGCCGUCGUCGGGCGGCUCGGCCAAGAACCGCGGCGCGCUCGGCCUCACCUGCGUCGUCUGCGGCGACAUCAGCUCUGGCAAGCACUACGGCAUCCUGGCUUGCAACGGCUGCAGCGGCUUCUUCAAGCGCAGCGUCCGACGGAAGCUUAUCUACAGAUGUCAGGCCGGGACGGGGCGUUGCGUCGUGGACAAGGCCCACCGGAACCAGUGCCAGGCCUGUCGCCUCAAGAAGUGCCUCCUGAUGGGGAUGAACAAGGACGCCGUGCAGAAUGAGCGGCAGCCGAGGAACACGGCCACCAUCAGGCCCGAGGCGCUGGUAGAGAUGGACCAGGAGCGAGCGCUGCGGGAGGCGGCCGUGGCCGUCGGCGUGUUCGGACCGCCUGUGGGACUGGCGAUGGGCUUCUCGCCGGUGAGGUACGGCCAGGGCGUCCAGGGGGUGACGCUCCCGCAGCCUAGCCCCGCCAACUCCAAGGAGGACGUCGACGACGGUGACGACGACAGCAUCGACGUGACCAACGAGGACACGCUGCCGGCCGACAACCGGCACCACCACCACAACUCGGAGUCGGCCUCGCCCAGCGGCGGCCAGGGCUCGCUGGGCAGCGAGCGCGGCGACGGCGGCGGCGGCGGCGCGGCCAACGGGCUCGGACACGGCGGCCUCGGUGGCGGCGGCCUCGGCAGCAUGGUGUCGCCGCCCAUGGGGCUGCCGCUGUACCCGCCCAUGCACGAGACGGUGCACGAGACGGCGGCGCGCCUGCUCUUCAUGGCCGUCAAGUGGGCCAAGAACCUCCCCUCCUUCGCCAGCCUGCCCUUCAGAGACCAGGUGAUCCUGCUGGAGGAGUGCUGGUCCGAGCUGUUCCUGCUCAACGCCGUGCAGUGGUGCCUGCCGCUGGAGCACGCGCCGCUCUUCUCGCCGCAGGAGCACCAGGCCCUCAACGGCAAGGGCUCCGGCUCCAGCCCGCCCGCCGGCACCGCCGCCGACGUCCGCGUGCUCAACGACACCCUCCUCCGGUUCAAGGCGCACGCCGUCGACCCGGCCGAGUUCGCGUGCCUCAAGGCCAUCGUCCUGUUUCGGUCAGAGACGCGCGGCCUCAAGGACCCCGGCCAGGUGGAGAACCUCCAGGACCAGGCGCAGGUGAUGCUGGGCCAGCACACGCGCUCGCACCACCCGGGCCAGGCGGCGCGCUUCGGCCGCCUGCUGCUGAUGCUGCCGCUGCUCCGGGCCGUCGGCACGCUCCGCAUCGAGGCCAUCUUCUUCCAGCGCACCAUCGGCAGCACCCCCAUGGAGAAGGUGCUCUGCGACAUGUACAAAAACUAAAACACUUAUAUGCACUGUUCCAAAUUUUGCGUCUUUGUUAUUGUUAUUUAUUUUAAAAGAAAAAGUCCCGACGGAGCGUUCCUUCCCCAAAAAAGUCUCGGGUGGUGGCUUGGCUGACUGUGGGGGGGUCUGUAAGCGAACGAUCUUCCUCCACCAAGGAAAAGAAUAUCGCUCGUAUUGUGGAAUUCACAAGAAAACAAGUCUUUAUAAAAUGUUUUCAUAGACUCAUUCACUUUACUUUGUUGGAUAUUGUAACACUAUUAGCAAAAAUUGUUGUUUGAUUUUUUUUUCAUUUUUUAAAGGUAAUUGGCAUGUGUGAUAGAGAUUUCAUCAUCUUUCUUUUUGUUGUUAUUGUCAUUUGUUAAAUAUGUGUAGAUAUCUGUCGUAUUGGAUGCUUUCGAAAUUA